GUUGCGGACUUCCACGUCCUCUCUCGGUCCACUCCCCUAGCUCCUCUUUUGGAUAUCUAGCAGCUUCCUAGACUGCACCAUGACACUGGAAGAAGUCCGAGGCCAGGACACAGUUCCUGAAAGCACAGCCAGGAUGCAGGGCGCCGGGAAAGCUCUGCACGAGUUGCUGCUGUCGGCUCAGCGCCAGGGCUGCCUCACCGCCGGCGUCUACGAGUCGGCCAAAGUCCUGAACGUGGACCCUGACAAUGUAACCUUCUGCGUGUUGGCGGCAGACGAGGAGGACGAGGGCGACAUAGCGUUGCAGAUUCAUUUCACGCUGAUCCAAGCAUUCUGUUGCGAGAACGACAUUGAUAUCGUUCGUGUGAGCGAUGUGCAGCGGCUGGCGGCCAUCGUGGGUGCUGGCGAUGAGGCGAGUGCUCCAGGAGACCUUCACUGCAUCCUCAUUUCGAACCCCAAUGAGGAUUCAUGGAAGGACCCCGCCUUGGAGAAGCUCAGUCUGUUUUGCGAAGAGAGCCGCAGCGUCAAUGACUGGGUGCCCAGUAUCACCCUUCCCGAGUGACAGCCCAGCAGAGGUGUUUGGUCUGAUCCUUGUGGAGACACCCUGGGGCGCCUAGCGCGGGGCUGGCUCUGUGGACGCGCCCUCUGAGGGCGCAGGAGUACAGCGUGGAGACUGGAAGGAGGGGGCACGUGGAGAGCAGCGAGGAGGUGCGGCUUCCUCCAAGGAGGUGGCCCAGUGGCGGCAGGGGCAUGCUGGCCCCAAGCAAAGGACUUUACACGAGUGGGGAGCGGCUACUCGCCCAGUAAGCCCAGAUGCCAGACAUUGGCAGCAAUGCUGGGAAGAAUGGACUGACCUGGCAGGCGUGACUCAGCAGCCUGCACUGUGGUCAGGAAGCAGGGGAAAGGCGAGGCCAGGUGGCUUGGACUUGCACAGUUACUGGAGCUCUAAUGGACCUAGCAGUCUGCACUACUGUUUCAAACGGAUCUGGGCAAUGGUCCAUUUUCCAAAGGAUUAUGCUGCUGCAGCUUUGAAUUUUACAAUAAACUUACCAAAACAAA